UCGGAGAAGAAAGAAAAAAAAAAACAGUCAAUCGCCAUGUUUCACACUGUAGCAUCUGUCAAACGCUUAUAAUAGUUUUAUCCAGCUUCGUGUCUGCAAGAGUGGAUGCACGCGCGUGUUUUGUAGCUUAGACUCUGAGUGCAGAGAUUGAGUGGAUGUUAGGAGCGCAGGACGGUGUUUUUACAAGGUUUUUUUUUUUAUUUUUUUUAUUUUUUUUUAAAGUAUACAAUAAGAGUGCCACGCAAUGCACCAUGGAGGAGGCCCACCAAACAUGCAGCGGAGUCUUCAGAGAUCCAAGUCCUUUACUGGGUGUGAGGCAGAAGAACAGCAGCAGCAACAACAGCAGCUGCCGAUGGCGGUUACCCAGCAACAGUCGGCAAACGCCAAUCACCCCCAGUCACCGGUGACAUCUUUUGCUCCAGCUGCGAGCCCCUCUGCACCACAGUCUCCUAAUUAUCAAAUCAUCAUGAGUCGGAGUCCAGUCACAGGCCAAAACAUGAAUAUCACUUUACAGAAUGUUGGAACAAUGGUUCCUGGGAACCAGCAGAUCACCCUCACCUCUCUGCCACUCCAGAGCCCAGCCUCUCCUGGCUUUCAGCACCAGCCACAACAGUGGAGGUUUGAACCCGGGUCCUCAUCUUACAUCCAGGUGACAUCACCCUUGUCCCAGACCAUUCAACCUCAAAGUCCCACCCAGCACAGUCCAGUCCCCAUUCAAGCUGUGCACAGGCCUGGUGCUCCUGGUUCUUCUUUGGGAGUGUGUGGUCAGAGCCCGACACGGUUUGUUGAGGCAGGAAUAAUGGUUCGGCAAAUCAGCUUAGGCAGCCCACCUGGAAGUGGACAUUUCGUCUACCAGGAUGGAACAGGAUUGGCUCAGCUGGCUCCAACCACAGCAGGAACUGUUCAGCUGACUUCUCCAGGGACACCAGGGGCAGUCAGGGAAAGAUGUCUCUCCCAGCCACACUCUCAAACUGGGGGAACCAUUCACCAUUUGGGGCCACAGAGCCCUGUUGCGGCAGGUGCCGCUCUCCCAACAUUAGGCAGCCCUGGACACAUCACCACUUCUAAUCUGCCUCCUCAGAUUAGUAGCAUCAUCCAAGGCCAGUUGGGACGACCAAUGAUUUUUGAGAAGACAGCACAAGGUGUGGUGGCUGGUGUGGCAGUCUCUGCGGCUGCCUCUUUCGGGGUCCCUUCAGCCAUUCCUCCCUCCAGUCCAUCCAGGAGCAACCCUUCCCAGGGCCUCUCCAACCAAUCUUUGACGCCUACCAGCAUGAAGAAGAUGCAGUCAAGGAAACUAGAAGAGAUUGCACCCUCAAACCCAGAGGUGGCACAGUUGAGGAAGCAGUGCCUGGAGCAUCACGGGAAAAAGAUGGAGAGUCUGAAGGAGGUGUUUAAGGAGUACCUGAUUGAGCUGUUUUUCCUACAGCACCUGCAAGGGAAUAUGAUGGACUACCUUGCUUUCAAGAAGAAGCCUUGCAUACCCCUCUUCACCUACCUGAGGCAAAAUGAUCUUGACCUCGAAGAUGAAGAGGAUGAGGAAGAGCAGUCGGAGGUGAUAAAUGAUGAGGUGAAAGUAGUGACUGGAAAGGAUGGACAGACGGUAACUCCUGUUGCUAUAGCUACACAACUCCCACCCAAUGUGUCUGCAGCGUUCUCCGUUCAGCAACAGUUCCAGGCCCAUGCAGGGGUGGCAGGUGGUAGCAUCUCUAACCCUGUGGACAUGGAGGCUUUCAAACGACAGCAAGCCAUCGUGCAAGCAGAUCAGGCUAAGAGGUCCCGGAUGGAAGUGGGUCGGCAUGGGAUGAUAUUCCAGCACCCUGCUGUAACUCCUUUAGGAUCUCCCGGCGUUCCCCUCCAGCAGCUCAUGCCGACAGCGCAAGGCGGUAUGCCACCAACCCCUCAAACAGUCCAGAUCGGUGGGCAGAAACAAAACCAGCAGCAGUACGACCCGUCCAAAGGUCCCCCUGUCCAGAACGCCGCCAGUCUCCACACUCCACCCCCACAGCUUCCUGGCCGCCUUCCCCAGGGUGGACUUCCCAUGGCAGGGCUGCCCCUCUCCCUGUCCCAGGGUCAGGCCUUGGUGGUGGAGCAGCAGAUUCAGGCUGCUGGAGUUCAGCACCAGGCACAGGUGAAGGUGCCAGGUGUGCAGAGUUCCGGAGCAGUGCUGGCUUCAGUCAACCCACAUGCACAGCUGCAGGCACAACUUCAACACAUGCAGUCAGGUCUCCACCUUCAGAUGCAGCAGCAACAACAGCAGCAGAUGCAGCAGUCAAUCAUGCAGCCAGGACAUGCAACUGUGGCACUCGUGCGUCCUGGAUCAGAUUCCUCCCAGCCUGCCCAGCGCUUGAUGUCCAACUCUCUCUCCACCCCGGUCAUGUCCCCCUCCCCACUCACAUCCCCAUCCUCUCUCCCCUCCCCACAUUCUUCUGCCCCGGUCCGCACACCCAGUACUGGCCCCAACCUCUCCCCUGCCACCCAGUCCAAACUUGCUGCCACUAAUGGUACCACCGGACUUAAAAUGUCUGGGCUGGGUCAGAGUCCCAUCGGGCAGAACUCACAGGAAUGCUCUCAGGACAAGCAAGCAGAACAAGCCAAGCUGGAGAGCCAUGUGCACCAGCGCAUCGCAGAGCUCCGUAAAGAGGGCCAGUGGUCAGUCAGCCGCUUACCCAAGCUGCAGGAGGCCUGCAGGCCCAAGUCCCACUGGGAUUACCUGCUAGAGGAGAUGCAGUGGAUGGCUGCAGACUUUGCCCAAGAGAGGCGCUGGAAGAUGGCUGCUGCCAAGAAGCUUGUGCGUACAUGCGCACGUUACCAUGUCGAGCAGAAGACAGAGGAGAGAGUAAAGAAAGAGGAGGAGAUGAGGUUGCGCCACAUUGCCAGCACUAUUGCUCGCGGUGUUGACUACUUCUGGUCCAAUAUUGAACAGGUAGUGGAAAUCAAACUGCGUUUUGAGAUCUAUGACAAACAACAAAAAGUCCUCAGCCUGCAGAAGGCUGCAAGCAAAGGGCAAUGCGCUAAACCUGCCCAGACAUCAGGAGAGAAGUCAGAUAAAGAGAAUAAAGUGCAGGAGGCUGGCUCAUCCCGCAAGAGAAAGUCCAGCACCUCUCUGUCUGAUGUAGAGGUUGAAGAUGAGGAGAGUACAAUAGAGGAACAGGAGGCUAAUGAGGUUGUAGCUGAUCAGAAAGCUGAGCUAGCCGAACUGACUAAAGAAGCUGAGGUGCCUUUGGAUGACCUGGUGAAACAGUAUGCUGGUGCUUACGCUGAGGGUUUUGAUUGGCCGCAACCUUCCAGCCAGAGUGAGGAUGAAGACAAAGAGGAAGCUGAUGACAUGGAUUCUCCAUUGGACAGUCCACAUGAAGCAGUGUUGAUAGACUCUUUGCUGAGUAUGGAUCAGUACCGUGGCGCUGAGCGGACGACUUCUGGCGCUGAUGGGAAGCCCACAAAGGAUAUCGCUGAAGUUGCUGCAGCAACAGACCUCAUUCUGCCUAAAGGCAGUGCCAGGACUACUCUAACUAGUCGUUCCCCUCCCUCUCUGCUGCAUGGCUCUCUGAGAGAGUACCAGCAGGUCGGGGUGGAGUGGCUGGCAAGCCUCCACCACAGAAACCUCAACGGCAUCCUGGCAGACGAAACCGGCCUUGGCAAAACCAUACAGACUGUGGCUUACUUUGCUCACUUGGCCUGCAACCAGGGUAUCUGGGGGCCACACCUGGUGGUUGUGAGGACCUGUAAGCUGCUAAACUGGGAGAUGGAGUUCAAACGCUGGUGUCCUGGGCUGAAGAUACUCCUGUACCUUGGAAACCAAAGGCAGCGCAGAUAUAAGAGAUCGAGGUGGUGUGAGCCCAACAGCUUCCACGUGUGUGUGACAUCAUACAAGCUCCUGCUGAAAGAUCAAGCUCACUUCCUGAGGAGACACUGGAGGCACCUGGUCCUGGAUGAGGUGCAGCUCAUCAAGAACAUGACUGAGAAACACUGGGAGACCAUCUUCAACAUAAAGAGUCAUCAGAGGAUUCUCUUAAUCAACACGCCUCUGCAGAACACUCUGAAAGAGCUAUGGACCAUGAUUCAUUUUCUCCUGCCUGGAAUCACUCACCCAUACCUCAACUUCCCUGUCAAACCUGGCACCGAUCAGAACCAGGACUACUGCCACAAACUGGUCAUCAGACUGCAUAGGAUGAUUCAACCCUUCAUUCUGCGCCGUUCCAAGAGGGACGUAGAGAAGCAACUGCCUAAGAAGUAUGAACACAUCUUGAAGUGCCGUUUUUCCAAGAGACAAAAGACCAUGUAUGAGGACAUCCUCAUUCAACCCAGUGCACAGGAGGCCCUAAAGACAGGACAUUUUGUGAGGGUCCUGGAGGUUCUUAUGCAGCUACAGAAGAUCUGCAACCAUCCAGACCUGAUCCAGGCCAGAGAAACACACAACUCUUAUGUAUGUCAGCCACUGCAGUAUAACACCCCAUCCUUGGUGCUCACUGUGCUGCAGCAAGACCAGUGGAAGACUGUAGAUAUGUCCCUUUUUGACCUGAUCAGCAACGAGGGUAAAUGGACACGUCACGAGGCCGAGGAAGUUCUGCCCAAACUUAAGAUGACCAAGCAGCUCAUCGAGGAGAUCUACAGUGCACCCGACCCUCCACCCAGGCCUAAACCCUGCAAGAUCAAACCUAUGAGGUUGUUCCUGCCUGUGCAGUAUGGAACCAAACCAGAGGGGCGCCUGGUCCCCAUGACCAGCAGCACCACUCAAGCCCUGUGUGCCACUGCUGUUACUACUGCCCCCACCACCACUACCGCCCCUGCUACUGUUGCCCCAAGUGCACAGCCCAAGGGCAAAUCACCCCUUACCACCACCACCACUUCCACACAGGCCACAUCAACCAGCAGCUCAUCAGGACCACUCCUAACAGGAGCCACCCCUAACCCCCCCUCUACCCCUCUGGCUUUGGGUGUGGCAGGGGUCACCACUAUAGCGCCUAUGCCUGCUGUGGCUCCUCAGGCCCCUACCACCCUCCCCCUCCAGCCCAGCUUGGUAUCCCAGAGGCUGGUACUCAGCUCCCAGGCCCAGGCACGGUUGCCUAGUGGAGAUGUAGUAAAGGUUGCCCAAUUGGUUGGGCAGGGCCGCAUCGCCCAGCCCGAAACCCCAGUCACCCUGCAAUACCAGGGCAACAAGUUCACUCUAUCCCCGAGCCAACUUCGCCAGCUCACCGCCGGCCAUCCCCUGCAGCUCCAAGGCAACAUUCUGCAGAUUGUGUCGGCCCCUGGACAGCCUCUCCUCAGGGCACAGGGACCGCCUAUGGUGAUGUCCACAGUGCCUCAGGCUGUGCCUGUCCAAAACUCCACAGGACCUCAUCCUCCCACUGCCACCUCCACCCAACUGCAAGCUGCAGCAACAGCUCCAUCUAUCACAGACGCUGAUCCAAACGCCAAACCCUCAACGAAUGCCACAUCACAAGAGUCAAGUGAGGAGAGAAACCGGCAGCUAAAGGAUCGCCUGGGUCGUUUGUUUCAUGCGAAUGUGCAUCGGUCCUCACGCUCUGUGCUCUAUGGCUCUGACCUGGUCAAAGCCUGCUCCGUUUACAAGGAACGUCCUCCGCCGUCCUUUCCGGCUCCCCAGCACUCCCGCUGGAGUUGGGUGGGCAGAGACAGCUGCCUGAGGGCUCAGCAGACUUGCGUGUCCACAGUUGCACCACUCCGCUCAGCAAUCCUCUUCAACAGUGAGCAGGAGUCAGCAGGAACCCUGAGGAAGAGGUUCACCUGUGUACUUCCUGCUGCUGUGGCCCCUCCCCCUCAGCUGUAUGCAGCCAAUCCUCCACCAUCUUAUAGCCUUGCACAAAAGGCUUUCAGGCGACAGUUGCAGGACGUGUCUGCUCCACACAAUGCAGAGAUCCGUAGCUUGGCCUCUCCUCCCGUAGUCAGCUUCCCUGAUGCACACAUGCUGGAGAUGGAUUCAGGGAAACUGGAGGCGCUCUCCAUCCUGCUACAGAAGCUGAGAGCCGAGAACAGGCGCGUGCUGAUCUUCACUCAGAUGACCAGCAUGCUGGACUUACUAGAGGGCUUCUUAGACAACCGUCACCUCACUUAUGUACGGCUGGACGAGAGCCUGUCACUGGAGGAGAGACAGGAGCAGGUCAAGAGGUUUAACCGUAACAGACAGGUAUUCUGCACCAUCCUGACCAAUCGCUGCUGCUCAGCUGUGGGUCACGUGUUUGAUGCAGACACCAUGGUGUUCUACGACACAGACUUGAACCCUAGCAUGGACAUGCGCACACAGGAGUGGUGUGACAAGAUCGGCCGCUCCAAAGACAUACACAUAUACAGGUUGGAGAGUGGGAACUCCAUUGAGGAGAAGCUCUUGAAGAAUGGCACUAAGGACCUUAUACGAGAAGUGGCUGCUCAGGGCAUGGACUACACUCUGGCCUUUUUAACCCAGCGUACCAUUCAGGAUCUGUUUGAGGUGGAGGCCGGCUCUGGAGAGAAGGUGGAGGAGUUUGUGGUUCUCCAUCAGGAGCCCUCUCCAUCAGAGUCCAUCCCCCCUCAUGUGGCCAGACCCUACAUCCAAGCCCUCAACAGCAUCCGACUGGAGACCCAGCAGGAGGAGGUGGAGACGGAGAUGGAGAGAGAAGAGAAAGGCAGUGAAGAGGUGGAGGGAGGAGAUGACAAAAUGGAGGUAGAGGAAGGGGUAAGAGGCGAGGUGUCACAGUUAGAGGAGCUGGCAGCAGUCAUGGAUCAGCUGACUCCUAUUGAGAGAUACGCCCUACACUAUCUGGAGUACCUACACAUCAGUGAGGAUGAACAGGUGGUGAAGGAGCGUAUUGAGGCGACUAAGAGAGGCUGGGAGCUGCGGCAGCAGCAGAGACUGAAGUUGGAGAAAGAGGAGCAGAUGAUGCUGGAGGAUGAGGAGGAUCUGUUCACUUACACCAGAGAGGAUGCAUACAACAUGGAGUAUGUGUUUGAGAAUGAGCAUGGACAGACAGAGAUUAUGCCGCUGUGGACUCCUCCAACCCCUCCCCAGGAUGACAAUGAUAUUUACAUUGACUCUAUCAUGUGCCUCAUGUAUGACUCAGCGCCCAUGCCAGAGUCCAAACUGCCCCCUGUCUAUGUUCGCAAAGAGCGCAAGAGACACAUGGACCCAUCAGCUGGGGGGCGUAAGAAAAAGAAGGGGCAUGGUGAAGCAGUGAUUCCUCCACGUUCUCUCUUUGAUAAGGCCAGUCUGCUCAAGGUGAGACGAGAAGGUAAAGACCAAAAGAAGAGCUUCUCUCUGAAACAACAGGCUCCUUUUGCUAAACCGCUGCCCUCACUGCUCAAACCAGCCAUGGAGGCUGGACAGGACAACCCUGAGUGGCUCAUCAGUGAGGACUGGGCCUUGCUACAGGCUGUGAAGCAGUUAUUGGAGCUUCCUCUGAACCUGACCAUCAUGUCUCCGGCCCACACCCCUAACUGGGACCUGGUGAGUGACGUGGUGAACUCGUGCAGCAGGAUCUACCGCUCGCCCAAACAGUGUCGCAACCGCUACGAGAAUGUAAUCAUCCCUAGAGAAGAGGGCAAGCUGAUAUAUGAAGCAAACCCUAAAAAGAACAAGACCAAGAGCAUUUAUAAGUCCAAGAAUAGUCGACCUCUGCGCACUUCUCAGAUCUAUUCACAAGAUGACAAUGCCACCCAGAUCCAACUGUACAACAACCGCUUUGAGCUGAUGAAAAUCAUCGCUAGCAAGAGGAGCCCACCCAUAAAACCACUACUGGGCAUGAAUCCAUUCCAGAAGAACCCCAAGCAUGCUUCUGUGCUGGCUGAGAGCGGAAUAAGCUAUGACAAGCCUCUGCCUCCUAUCCAGGUUGCCUCUCAGAGAGCUGAGAGAAUCGCUAAAGAGAAGAAGGCACUGGCCGAACAGCAGAGGGCUCAGCAAAUAGCCCAGCAGCAGGCUGGAGGAGCCUCCCAGCCUCAGGGGACCGCUACCCAGCCUCAAACCCAGCCGCAGGCAACUGCAGCAGGGGCACAGGCAACUGGAGUCCCCCAGCCCAACCAACCUGGAGCAGCUGCAGUCCCCAACACAGCUGUACUGGCUGGAGCUAUCAAGACCGCUGCAGUGGGAACAAGCAUCCAGCCAGCAACGGCUACAGUGAGCGGAAAUGUGAUCGUGAACACUGUGGCUGGAGUUCCUCCUGGUCAGUUCCAAACAAACAAGCGUCUGGCCUCUCCAGUCAUUCCUGUGGCAGGAACGGCCACAGCUCAAGUGGUUCACACCCAGCAGAGAGCAGUUCCUGCCACAGCUGCUCCAGCAGAGGUCGUCACCAUAGCGACUGGUCAGGGUGUGAGGGCCGUUACACCGGUGACCGCAUCGGCCGUCGUGUCCACCAAUCUGACUCCUGGUCAGUCCCAAACACGCACGCUGAUGGCUCCAGCUGCAGGUAUGCAGUUGCCUCAGGGUAAACCGAUCACACAAGCCCAAUUCCAACUGCUCAGACAGCAACAGCAGCAACAACAACAACAGCAACAGGCAGCUUCUCCGCAGAUCAAAGCAGUUGGAAAGCCACAGCAGGAGUUGUUGAAGAAGCAGAAGCUGCAGAUGGCACAGCAGCAGGUUGCAGCAGCAGUAGCUGCAGCUCAGGGCCAGCAGGCUGCAUCUAGCCAGCAGCAGGUGCAGGCCGCUCCAGCAACUCAGGCCAGCCCUCAACUAGCUGCUGUCACUGCACCAAGAGCAGGAGCUGUACUCACUGGAGCUACUGUCACCAACUUACAGGUGGCCAGACUGACACGUGUCCCAGCCCCAGGAGCCAUCCAAGCUCAGCCAGGUCAAACCGCCCAAGUGACUCUGACCAAACCCCCUCCUGUAGUCUCAGUCCCUGCCGUGGUCUCCUCCACCGGGGUCACAACCCUUCCUGUCACUGUGGCGGGCAUCAGCGUCGCCAUCGGACAGACACAGAAAGCAGGUGGUCAAGUGGUGACCCACCCUUUCCAGGUGCAGCAGGUUCAGCAGCUGUUGCACAGACACAAGCAGCAGGCGGCUGCGCAGGCAGCUGCAGUCCAGAAGGCAGCACAGCCACAGCAAACGCAAGCUGCUGUGCAGCAGAAGCUGGGCACGCAGCAGGCCGCUCAGACCACGGCUCAACAGCAGCAGAAAGUGACGUAUGCAACCACCACUCAGCUGCAGCCAGGCAUUAAGACACAGUUCUUCACCACCUCUAUCGCACAGUCUCAGAAACCUGCAGCCGCACAGCAGAUUCAGGUUGCUAAGCUUCCUCAAAUAGUACAGCAGCAGAUAGUGUCCUCACCUCAGCAGAUCCAGCCUCAGACGGUGGCCCUGACCCAGGCAGCACCUGCGGCAGGUUCGGCUCAGGUGCAGGUCAUUCCCGCGGGCACCGCCACAGCCGCCCAGGUUGUCCAGCAGAAACUCCUCCAACAGCAGGUCGUCACAGCAGCCGCAUCCUCCCCUCAAAUCCAGACCCCACCCCCCCACAGCCCCGCCCAGCAGCAGAGCGCUGCGGCUCCCCCUACUGCUGAGUCUCCAGUGCAGCAGGCCUCCACCCCUCAGCCCCAGCAGGGCAAAGGAAACACCCGCACUGGGGCCGCCAUGCGCUCUAAAACUCCCGCCAAACCCAGCAGUGGCAGCUAGAGAGGCUUUAGGAGUCAGAUGUACCUGGGCACAAAAUAGGGCCAGACUAAUGGUGGCGCUUUAUUAUAGAGGAACUCACCUUAGACUUUCUGGCUGGAGGGAAAGCUUCUUUUUACAAUGCAACAUUUGACGUAACACUCAUAAGCUAAUAACAUCUCACACUGAGGAAAUAUCACUCUGCCAUCGGCCCUCAUUCUACGGCCAAUCGGUUUCUUUCACAAUAUCUGGACUCAUUUGUUUUUUUGUUCUUUUUCAAUGGCUUAUGAAGCUGAGGCCCUUCCCUCAUAGAAAGUGUGUACUGUCGAGUGUAUUCUGUCCAGGAGCUGAGCAUGACAGAGUGCAGACUGAUGUUCAGGUAGAGACACUAUCAGUAUGAUGGCUCAAUUUGUAAUGGACUCUUUACUGAGCUGUAAAUUGUUCGCUGUUGUUUUUCUACCAUACAUUGUACUUUGUUUAUACAGUUGUCAAAAUGUCAUCACACUCUUAAGGUCAUGGAUGAAGUGCAUUUGGAUCGUGACACCCAUCGACUUUCUGCAACACUUCAUUUGGCAUGCCGGGACUUUUCAUGUUUCUGGCAGAUCAUCUCAACGUUAUUCAUAAUGUUCAAUCAGUCAUAUUGUAUGUGUCCCCUACUGUGCUUUCAAAUUUUUUAAAUAGGUGUGGUACUAUUGUCCCUUUGUUGUUUGUGUAAGUAAAUGUCCCUUUGAAGCAUUUAAUGAUUAUCAUGGUAAUGGAUAUUGAGGCUCCAUGAAGUGAAGACGUCUUUAAUGGAUGGCAAACUGCAGUUAGUUUGACACUAACUGAAAGUGAAAGACAGUGAUUGUGUCACUCAUCACAAAUGCACCCAGACUACAAAUUGUAUCAGUCUAUAUAAUAAUUGAAUGUAUACAUUAGCUUGUAUCAUGUGCAGAGCAAAAGGUCAACAUCCUUCCCAAAAAUAAAAAAAGAUAUUAUGGUGUGCCUAAAAUGAUUACCACCAUACAUUUGAAGUUUGACUGCAUAACACAUGCAAAUUGUCUUGUGAUUUUGUAGUUGUACGUUUAAUGUUUGUGUUAAGUGAUACAACACUCUAUGAUGUUAUUUAAUAUGUCUACAAAUUGAUAGAAAAAUAAUCCUACACCAUAGCCAUUUUGUACCAUUCAUGGUAGCGGCAGACAUGGAAAGUAUUGACCUCCCAAAACCAAUUUGGAAGAAAUGUAAUUUCUGAAAACACAUCUGUGAAAUGUUCUUUUUCCUUUGUUUUUCUUAUGCAUAGUUGUGAACAAUAUCACCAUUAUUCAGGAACUUAGCUUGUUUAUGUUGGCUACAUUUAGUCGAUGUGUCAGAUACACUGCUGAUGUACUGAAAUAGCUAUGAUGUCUAGGCUUUUGUUCAUAAAUAUGUCUUUUUGUAUUGAUGUUGAUGGGUCAGGAACAAUGUAAAUAACUCGGGAGGGGGGAACAACAGCAUUUGUAUUUGUAAAGUAGUUGUGUAUUCAUUGAAUUUUUUUCAGCCUAAUUGUAUAAAGUGUUAUGUUUUUA